AUGCAUCAAAACUCGUUCAGAGAAGACGAUGAUGAUUUUUAUGGUGGUUUUGAUUCGUACGAUAAAGCUUAUGAUAUUCAGAAUAUAACUCAAAAUCCGCAAUUUCAACAAGCAGUUGCUCGUUCUAGCCAUGGACGUCGUCCGACCGCUUCUCAAAUGGGGUUCCGAGAUAACUCUUCUUCUUAUGGAAAACCUCCACCCACCAUGAUUAACCAAAGUCGAAUGGGCGGUCGAACAGCAAUGGCCAACAACAACGAACCGGCUCGUCCGAUGACCGCUGUCCGUGGAGCCGGAUACACAUCGUUUGCAAAUAAAGUUCAAGCUACGGAGACAUCUUUAAAUUCUGAGAAUUUGGGGGAGAAUGGCGAGGAGAGGUGUAAGCAGAUGGAAAACAAGGUAAUGGAUAUGUUACGUGAGAGUAUGAUGGCAUUUGAAAAGAAGAAGUAUAAAGAGGCAUUGGACAAGGGGAAAGAAGCCGGAAGACGAGAAAGAGCUGUUGUAAAGCAUCGAGAACAACAGGGCCUGGUAGAAAGUAUGAAUUUGGAUCUGACUUUCACAGUUCUCUUCAAUUUGGCUCAACAGUACGAGGCUAAUGAUAUGACGAACGAAGCCCUGAACACAUAUGAGAUUAUAGUCCGUAAUAAGAUGUUUCCUAAUUCGGGAAGAUUGAGAGUAAACAUUGGUAACAUCUAUUUCAAACGGCGAGAGUUCACUAAAGCUUUGAAGUACUAUCGCAUGGCUUUGGAUCAGGUACCAAGUAUUCAAAAAGACAGCAGAAUUAAAAUACUGAACAAUAUCGGCGUGACAUUUGUGAGAAUGGGCAGUUAUGAUGAUGCGAUAAGCACUUUUGAACAUUGUGUUGAAGAACAGCCUAAUUUCUCAACUGCAUUGAAUUUGAUUCUUGUUGCAUUCUGCACACAAGACGCGGAGAAAAUGAGAGAAUCUUUUGUGAAACUUGUCGACAUUCCUGGCUUUCCUGAUGAUGAGUUUUUGAAAGAAAAGGACGACGACGACGUUCUUCUAAACCAAACUUUAAAUUCGGAUAUGUUAAGAAAUUGGGAGAAACGAAUGAGAACUGAAGCUGAGAAGGCAAUUAUCACAUCGGUGAAAAUUAUCAGUCCGGUGAUUGCUCCUGACUAUGCAAUUGGGUACGAGUGGUGCUUGGAAACCUUGAAGCAAUCGGUUCAUUCUGGACUUGCUAUUGAACUAGAAAUGAGCAAAGCUGGCGAAAUGAUGAAAAAUGGUGACAUCGAAGGAGCAAUUGAAGUUCUGAAAGUUUUCAAUGCUCAAGACUCAAAAACUGCAAGUGCAGCUGCAAACAAUCUUUGCAUGUUGAGAUUUUUGCAAGGAGGUAGACGUCUCGUCGACGCUCAGCAAUAUGUGGACCAGGCUCUCGCUAUUGACCGUUAUAGUGCUCAUGCUCUUGUCAAUCAAGGAAAUAUUUAUUAUAUGAAUGGUGACUUGGAUAAAGCAAUGGGUAAUUAUCGAGAAGCCCUGAGCAACGACGCUAGUUGCGUUCAAGCUCUAUUUAAUAUUGGGUUGACCGCAAAAGCUCAAGGUAGUUUGGAGCAGGCACUUGAAUAUUUCUACAAGCUACAUGGAAUACUUUUGAAUAAUGUACAAGUAUUGGUUCAAUUGGCUGCGAUAUAUGAGUCAUUGGAAGACUCCGCACAAGCAAUAGAACUAUACAGUCAAGCAAAUAGUCUGGUGCCCAAUGAUCCUGCGAUUCUUUCAAAAUUAGCUGAUUUGUACGACCAAGAAGGAGAUAAAUCUCAAGCCUUCCAAUGUCACUAUGACAGCUAUCGUUAUUUUCCGUCUAAUCUUGAAACAGUCGAAUGGCUUGCUUCGUACUAUCUGGAAACUCAAUUCUCUGAAAAAUCUAUUAACUAUUUUGAAAGAGCCGCCUUAAUGCAACCAAACGUUUCAAAGUGGCAGAUGAUGAUUGCGACCUGUUUGCGUAGAACUGGAAAUUACCAGAGAGCAUUCGAGCUCUAUCGGCAAAUUCAUCGUAAAUUUCCACAGGAUCUGGAUUGUCUCAAGUUUUUGGUUAGAAUUGCUGGGGAUUUGGGAAUGGCGGAAUACAAGGAAUACAAAGAGAAAUUGGAAAAAGCAGAGAAAAUCAACCAACUUCGUCUCCAACGAGAGAGCGAUUCGAGUCAAGGAAAACGUCACUCGGCUAACUCAACUCAUUCUCUCCCUCCGUCAGGAUUAACUGGUCUUGGAUCAGGGUCUGGCGCGUCGAGUGUGGCUAGACAGUACAGUGCACAUGUACCGCUUCUUGAUAGUAGCACACCAUUCACUGUUACUCAACGAGAUAUGAAAGCCGAAGACUUUGCGUAUGAAGAUCCUGUUGUAAUGUCAUCUCGUCCUAAAACGGGAACAAGAAAAACUGUCACAGAUACUAGCGACGAUUUUGGAGAGUUUGAUGAAAGUCUCCUUCCGGAUUGA